AUGAGAACAUCAGUCUUAGUUCUGAUACUUGCUGCAUCCAUUGCCCUGGUAAAUGCAAUCAAAGAAUAUACGCAAUUGACAAUUGCCUUGUCGGCAUGUGAAGCAUACAUCACUCUUGCUCAACCAGUGUGUAUGGCCGGUAAGAAAGCCAAUAAGGAUUUUGAUUGUUAUUGUAAUACCAAGCCUGGGUUUGGAACAUUAGCUGAUUGUUUUGUUAAAGGGUUUGAUGACAAUGAUGGGAUCAUUAAGGAUUUUGCUAAGACUUGUAAUAUGACUGUUGCUGAUUUUCAUACUAAAUAUGAUGCAAUAAAAGAUCAUUUAUUUAAGCCAAAUACUACCGAGACUGAAACCACAAUGGACGGUGGUAAUGGCCAUAUGAAGAGGGAUAAACACGGUGGUGGUGGUCAUGGUGGUGGCAAAGGUGGUAAUGGUGGUGGAGGAGGUGGCGGUCAUGGUGGUGGUGAUACACCUCAAAUUGAGCUUUCCAAAGUUCCACUUAAGUUAGACUACACUGACUUCCAUACCUACAAAGACGCUUAUGAAAUGAAUUAUGGUAACUUCAACUAUGCUAUGAAAUAUGGAUCCGCAUUGGUUGGUUAUUGGGGUAUUAUUCUUGUUAUGUCUAUCAUUGCUAAUUUUUGGACCAAAUUGUUUCCAAGAGCCUUAUCUGGAAGAUUACCAAGCAUGUACAGAAAAUACAUUACAUUACCGGCAACUUUUGGUAGAAAGAAGAAUGAAGCUAUUUCUUUUGGAUUUGGUGGGUUCUUUGAUGGAUUGAUGCCUAGCAGACUUGAAACUUUCUAUGUUGUCGUGUUUGUCUUUUUAACUGGUUUAUUCUCGGCUCUUCAUAUUAAACAUAUUCCUGGCAAUCCAAUUCAGCCAGAUAUCAGAGUCGAAAUUGCCCAUACUAUUGCCGAUAGAACCGGGGUUAUGGUGUGUUUCUUGAUUCCAUUGUUGAUUUUAUUUGGUGGUCGUAACAAUUUCUUACAAUGGCUUACUGGAUGGAAAUAUUCCGAUUUCGUGAUGUAUCAUAGAUGGAUCUCCAGAGUUGCUGCCUUGUUGGUUAUUGUCCAUGGUAUUACUUUUAGUGCUUCCGAUAUUGCUAGUGGAAGAUAUUCUUCUCGUAUGGCUCAAGAAUUUAUGAUUUGGGGUACUGUUGCUUGUGUCUGUGGUGGUAUUAUCUUGUUCCAAGCUAUGUUGUUUUUCAGAAGAAAAUGCUAUGAAGUCUUUUUCAUUAUUCAUAUUGUAUUGGCUUUGUUUUUUAUGAUUGGUGCUUGGUUCCAUUUGUCAGAUCAAGGAUAUGAAUUUUUCAUGUAUGCUGCUCUUGGCGUCUGGGCAUUUGAAAGAUUGCUUAGACUUGUCAGACUUGUAUCAUUUGGUAUGCCAUUGGCUAAGGUUACUUUAAUUGCUGAUGAAACCUUGAAGGUUGUUGUUCCAAAACCAAGAUAUUGGAAAUCCAUCCCUGGUGGUCAUGCAUUUAUAACAUUUAUGAGACCAACUGCUUUCUGGCAACAACAUCCAUUUACAUUCACUACUGAAGCUACCGAUGAUUCUAUUACUUUCUAUGUUAAAGUCAAGGCUGGUGAAACCAAGAAGUUGUACAACAAGUUAGUUUCAAGUCCAGGUUGCACCACUACAAUGAGAGUUUUGGUUGAAGGUCCAUAUGGAGAACCAAGUGAUGGUCGUAGAGCUGACAAUGUCGUGUUUGUUGCUGGUGGUAAUGGUAUUCCAGGUAUGUAUUCUGAAUGUUUCGAUUUGGCUACAAGAUCUUCUACCACUCAAUCAAUCAAACUUAUUUGGAUUAUUAGACAAUGGAAAUCACUUGCUUGGUUUAAGGAUGAAUUGAAGGCUUUACAGGAUACAAAAGUUCAAACUGAAGUUUAUAUUACCAGACCCGAUGAAGAUCGUGAUUUUAUCUAUGGUACUUCAACUGACCCUGAUAGUACCAAUUCUUCAAUUGAAGAAAAAGAAUCCAAUCAAGAGAAGAAAUCUGAUACGGGAGUGGAAACAAAGACUUAUAAUCCACAAUCUGAUUUAUUUGCCAGUUUACCAAAUGUUGUCUUUAAAGAAGGUAGACCUUCUAUGGAAGCUAUUGUCGAAUCUGAAAUUGAUGGAGCUAAUGGCUCUAUUGCUUUCGUUACCUGUGGUCAUCCAAUGAUGGUUGAUGAUUUAAGACACUCGGUUGGUGAAAACUUGGGUCGUGGAGGACAUAGAGUUGACUUCUAUGAACAAUUACAAACUUGGGCUUAG